AUGAGUGAGCUAGCAGGAAUGUUGAAAGGUUCGUUGAAAAUUCUUCUUUUUUUUAUGUUUGAAAAGAUAUUGAAAGAAAUUCUCGAUACCUGAUUCGAGACAAGACUUCACAUAUAUCAAUCGAAAGGCUCAAAAAGAGGAAGAAAAAAUACCAUUAUUUUAUUUUAAAAAAUAAUUGAAAAUAAAGCCAGUUUUCAAUGAGAAUCAUUAAUAAUUGAUUCACAAAAUCUAUAAAAAAAAAUUUAAUGUUGAACAUAUGAAUUUACUGAGAUAGUAUUCAAAAAUAAUGAGGUUCAGAAACUUUUGUGGUUCUAAGCAUAAAUGAAGGAAUUCCCGCUUUUUUCGAGGUCUCUUCCAUUUUCACCCAUGUUCUUUAUUUGCAAUCCCUUCAAAAAAAAAAGAUAAGACCUUUUAUGAGUCAUCGUGUUUCAGAGGCGAUCAAGGAGGUUAGUCAGGAAAAUUCGAAAGUGGAAAAUAAAACUGAAACUGAACGAAGAAAUGACUCAUCCGAACAGAAAGAUCAAGCAGGAAAAGUUUCAAUCGAUUUGCCCGAUUUGGAGAAAGACCUCCAAAGAAUCACAGAUCGCUUCGCAAGCGAAAUGAACCGAAGAGAGGAGUCUUUUCUGAAGAAAAUGGACGAGAGAUGUGCUGAACAUCUACAACAACAACACGAGGCUGCACAGGAGAAGAUCCAAGAUCACUUGAUGGCGUCGGCGGCGCGUCGCGAGGAGCAACUCCGGCAGUUCAGGGAGCAGCAGGAGGUUGAAACGCGGAGAAGAGCCGAGGAGCUGGAGCAGGAACGAGCGAGACGGAGGGAGGAGCGACGAUUGGAGCGGCUCGAGAGACGGGAUCUGCGAAGACGUUCCGAUGAAGAAUCUAGCGAGUCGGGCAACGAGUCCAUGUGA